CUCAUCUUGACAUUCUUUACACAUACCAAAUGGUUGCGCUGCGUAAACCUCAAACAAACUCAUACGAAGAGCGCGGCGAUAACGGGGACUCCUUCCCGUUUACCGCGACGGACUGGGUCAUCGUCUUCAACACGAGGAUAAACAAAAAGGAUACGUCCUCAAAGACUCAAUUGAAGGGUACACAAGCUGCCCCUUCUGCCACCCCUAACGUUGAUCACUUUUACGACGGGGCGAAAGCGGAUGUUAGGAAGGCCUGGGCGGACGUCGUUUCCAGGUUGCUAGCCGUCGGGUUGAAGUUCAGGGUUCAAAAGUGGGACGAAAUAAGGCUGGCCAUUUUCGUAUAUUGCCCUGAAAAAGUUUUGGCCAGAGAGGUGUACAGAUCUAGGGUCGUCGACUGGCUAAAUGACUCGGGUAUAUCAGAACUGGAGCCACCUGCGCUUCCCAAUGCUGAAAGUGCAGAAGUUAGUACCCCUGCUACCACUCCUGCGGAACGACUCCGUCUGGUCCACGAACUUUUGACUGCUCCUACGUACGAAGGUGGCGCGGGAUUGACCAGCGAUGCAGACGUGGUAGGAAAUACGGACGCUGUUGGGGGAAAGUACAUCGAAGCAAUAUACGCACCGCAUGAUAGGGAGUUUGCAGAUAAAUGGGUCAAGUCGUGGGCGAAGCGAUGGCUACUAUCUCAACAGGAUAUUGAUGCGAUAAGGGAUUAUGCUGGCGAAAAAGUUGCCUACUACUUCGCGUUUCUGCGAUUCUACCUUGCUUCCCUCAUUGCUCCGGCCCUCAUUGGUGUGCUUGACUAUUGGUGGCAUGGUGCCUUUUCGCCAUACUACGGCGUUCUCACUAUUGUCUGGAGCAUCAUUGUCAUUUCUCUAUGGAACCGACAAGCGGAAUGGUACGCAACACGGUGGGGCACCCGGAACUUUUCCAAGAUUGAAAAAAUCCGCCCGGAAUUCCGGCCUACCAAGAUUGUCAUUGAUCCGGUAACAGAGGAGCGGACACCUUAUUAUCCGUACUAUAAACGAUGGGCGGUAAAAUGUCUGAUUACGGCUCCUAUCACAAUUGCGAUUACGGCUGUGCUGACUCUGGUGGUCUUGGGAAUUGUGUCCGCGGAUGUAUACUUCCAUAAGUUUUAUGACGGCCCCGGCAAGGACCUGAUGGGAUUCCUACCAACCAUCCUAUACGGUGGAUGCAUCCCCGUCUUUCAUAGUAAAUAUAUCAAACUAGCCGCCAGCCUUAGCGAUUAUGAAAAUCAUCCUACGGAUACGCAACAUGCGGCAUCCUUCACACAAAAGCUAUUCACCUUCAAUUCUCUGGUUGCUUUCAUUGCACUGUUUGCGGAAUCAUAUCUCUUUAUCCCACUGUCCAAUGCCAUUGGGUCCGUCCUUCAGCAGAAAGGCUUCAUCUCCUCGAUGGGGUUUGAAGUGACACCGGAAACCUUGCAAGCACGGCUGAUCUAUCUGAUGAUCACGGGACAGGUCUUGAACGCUGCAACAGAGUUGAUUGUGCCACUGCUGACGACCAAAGCUACAACGGUUAUGCAUGGACUACACAAGAGUAAGGCAGAAAAGGCCAAGGAGACUGAGGAGGAACGCUAUGUGCGAAGGGUUCGAAGCGAGUUUGAGAGACCUGGGUAUGACGUUGACGCGGAUUACUCCGAGAUGGUAAUUCAGUUCGGUUAUAUUGUCUUAUUUUCCGUUGCGUGGCCACUGGCACCGUUGGCUUGUCUAGUAAAUAACUUUUUGGAACUGAGAGCAGACGCAUUCAAGAUUUGCAAGGCCAACAGGCGACCAGUUCCACAACGUGCGGACAACAUUGGACCGUGGUUGAAGAACCUCACUCUAUUUAGCUGGCUAAGCUCCUUGACAGCCCCAUCUCUCAGUAUUCUUUACUACAAAUGGGUCCCUGACGAACAAGCAACCAACCAAGUUCAGCAACGGCUUCCCACACUUCUCGUGGCACUCAUUUUAUCGGAACACGCGUAUCUGCUUCUUCACUACCUCGUCUCAGAAGCCACCAAAGCCUUGCCGAGUCGCGGCUGGGAACGACGUAAACGGGCAGAGUUUGAACUCAAGAAGCGAUACUUGCUUCGUGCUGGCAUUGAUGUUUUGGCGGGCAGGCACGGAGGUGUUGUCCGGUGGGCAGGAGAUCAAGGCAGCGCCGGUGGAGAGGGUGUUGUCAUGUAUGGUAUUGCAUUGAAGGGAAUUCAUGAAGUUUUGGGAGAGUAACGAUGGUGUGUGUUUUGGUGAAAGGAAAGACUUUGUCAUUUACUGAGAGUUCUAAUCUAGUUCAUCUAAUUGAGAGGCUUUACAUAUAUUGCAUUCCAUCAAAAGUAAAGGGGUCAAUGCAAUUACUUGC